GAAGUGACUGCGCGCGGCUGGAAGGAGCGAAGUGACUGCGCGCGGCUGGCUGCGCAUCAUGACUGCCAUCGUCGUGCAGGCCCAGAGGCCGUUGGGCCAAAGGAGGCCCCACUGGUCCUUCUUCGAGACCUUCAUCCGGACUCUCAUCAUCACCUGUACCGCCCUGGCUGUGGUCCUCUCUUCCGUCUCCAUCUGUGAUGGGUACUGGCUUCUGGCUGAGGACCGCCUCUUUGGACUGUGGCGGUUCUGCACCAUUACCAACCAGAGCGAGCCACACUGCCUCCGAGACCUGAGUCAGGCCCACGUGCCUGGGCUGGCUGUGGGCAUGGGCCUGGCUCGCUGCGCAAGCGCCAUGGCUGUGGUAGCUGCCAUCUUUGGCCUUGAGCUCCUCAUGGUGUCCCAGGUGUGUGAGGACGUCCAUUCGCGGUGCAAGUGGACUUUUGGUUCCUUCCUUCUCCUGGCCUCUUUCAUCCUGUCCUCUGGGGGGCUCCUGAGUUUUGUGAUCCUCCUCAGGAAUCAGGUCACGUUCAUCGGCUUCACCCUGAUGUUUUGGUGUGAAUUCACUGCCUCGUUCCUCUUCUUCCUGAACGCCAUCAGCGGCCUUCACAUUAACAGCAUCACCCAGACCGGGACCAACCAAAGAAAUUCUAGCACCCGCUCCAGGGAUCUUGGAUUCCACAAGAAGGUGAUCAAGGUGGAACUUUUCUGACUUGUGACCUCUGGUGGAGAUGGGGUGGGACAGUGAUCUUGAAACUGCUGCCUCUUUUGCAACUGGUUGCGAAGGUCAGAGGCUGGGAGCCUGCCUCAGUGCCAUCAGACGCACAGUUUUGUCAAGUUAUUCAGAUAUUGAUUUUAAAAGAAGAAUAUUUUAAAACUCAUUUCAUGGGUUUUCUUCCUUGGACUGGAGUAGAUUUUGAAGCAACUCCGGAAAUGGUGUCCAGGCUAACUGCUCAGCCAAGUGGGGUUUACACCUAUUUUAUUGACUCUAUGCUAGGGUAUUGGCUGUGGGGGCCUGGGACUCUUGGUUGCUAAGAAUGUGAUAUUCUUCCAGCAAAGGGACCAAUUAGUGCCUAGGACUCUUUCACCA